AUGGAUAAGAUGUCCAAAACAAACGUUGACAAACUGUUCACGAACCGGAAGCAGCAGGAUCAUGAAUGGAAACGUUUUCCCGCCGUACGCAUGGUGCUGUUUGUGUUUCGCGUUUUUUAUGCAUGGCCCGAGAAGGGGAUGGAUCCGAGCGAACAGUUUCGCUACCGUGUGAAGGGCAUCGCCUUUCGUUGGAUUGUUAUUUAUCUCAGUGUAGCUGCACAGGCUGCCUAUAUCUGUACCAUCGAAAAGCGUCAGGAUCUGAUCGAUGGUUUGUUUGUACUAUCAACCCAGCUGGUGCUGAUUCUGAAGAUUGAGUUUUUGUACAAAAAUAUCUCCAAAAUUCAGCAUCUUUUCUAUCAGCUCGACGCCGAGCUGUAUGCUUCUCGAAAUGCGGAAGAGGAUGUACCGCUAGCUAACGCACGUAAGAAGACGUCCAUUUGUGGGAUGCUUUAUUUCAUGUUUUCGGAUGGUCUUAUCACGUACUGGCUAUUCUACGCCCUCACUAUUAACGGACUCAUCGUACCGUCGUGGUAUCCGUUCGACUAUACAGCAUCGUAUGCGGUUUACCUGGUCACACUUCUGUUCCAAGUGAUUUGCAUGCUCUGGAACGCCGCGUUCAACAUUUCUUGGGAUUCUUUGGUGUACAUUUUGCUAUCCUUAGCCAAUGCGCAAUUGCAACGGUUGCAAAUUCAGUUAUUAAAAAUUGGACAUAACAAGAGGUUGGAUCCUGAAGAAGGAUUGCAGGUGAAGUCCAAGCUGAUAGCCGUAAAGCCUGCACCGAAUCAAUCCGGGAGGAAUGACCAUUUGUCUCCGGUUCAAGUUGAAUCGGCUGAGGAUGUGUACAAUGAUCUUCUUAGAUGUGUAAUCUUUCAUCAAAAAUUGAUCAAAUUUGUCCACCAAGUCCUGGAAUUAUUUGGUGGAAUCAUUGUGGUACAACUAUUCUGCUCCGUCUUUAUCAUUUGCAUAGCCGAAUUCCACUUGCUCACCGAAGUCGACACGGUAGGAGAACUAUUGUGUGGUUUGCCAUACUUGAUCUGUAUGCUACUGCAAGUUUAUCAGUACUGCUUUCACGGGAAUGAAAUCAGCUACACGUCACAGAAAGUGCAUCAAGCAACUGCAUUUGUCAAUUAUCCGGACAUGAACAUUAAAACUCGGAAGCUUUUGAUUUUAUUUCAACAACGCACGGCUGUCGGAAUACCCUGUUACGCAAAAAAUAUAUUUAAAAUUGAGCUAAGCAAUGCAACCUUCGUGGCGAUUAUAAAAUCGUCAUAUUCAUUUUUGGCGGUUCUUCGAACGAUGAUUGACUAA